UGUUGACAAAUUUUAAGUGACUUCUUGAGUAUUAUUCUAUAGUUCUUGUUAGAUUUUGAUCAGGAAAUAUGACAAGGGGAAGAGGCAUCAAACGUAGUUGGGGAGGCCGUGGGGGCAUAACUAACAAAGGAGGAGGAGGCAACAAGCAGCCACCAGACACUUCUCAAAAGGAUGUUAGUGAAUCAUCAAUUCCCACAUCUCAGCAAGUUGGUUUAAAUCAGUGUAUUGUCUCAUCACAUGAAACCAGUGUACAUACAUCUCAAGAAGCCAAUGCUCAACAAAUAACUACUCCUGAAAAUGUUGGUGGUCAACAAGAAGCUCCUACUUCUCUAGAUGUUGGACGACAAGAAACACCUUUUUCUCAGAAUGUUGGUGCUCAACAAGAAACUCCAACUCAAGAUGUUUCUCGUGAACAAACACUCGCAUCUUUUGAAAGUAGUAAUCCACAGGGCAGACAAGAUACACUUGGUGGCAUAAAAUCCUUGAGAGUAAAUGGAGAUACAUUCUGCCCACAUGAGGCUGUACGAGAUGUGGUGUUAGCCUUUAAAAAAAGCUUCUCUGGACCAUGGCAUUGUUGGAGCAAAGUUCCAGAGCAUGUACGAGACAAAUGGUUUAAUGAUUUUGAGAAGAAUUAUUCUUUUUCUGCUGAAGAUAAAGUACUUGUUCGAAAAACUUUUAAUCGGGUGGGUAGUGAAAGAUUGAGUGACAGUUUGGGAAAAGCAAAGAGGACAUUUUUAAGAAAAAAGAAAAUACCAAAGUGGAUUGCUCAAGUUCACUGGGACAGUUUGAUGCAAUAUUGGAACUCUGACGGUUUUAAGAAAAUAUCAGCAAUCAACUCAAAGAAUAGAAUGUCAUCUAAUAACGGAGAAGGUCCUUCCUUACAUACUGGAGGAUCAGUUGCAUUUUCUGAGUACAGAAGAAGACAUAAGGAACUGACUGGUAAAGAGCUUCGGAACGAUGAAUUAUUUCUAAUGACUCACAAAACCAAAAACGAAAAGAAGUGGAUCUGUGGAAAGUCAAAAAGGAUGUGGAAUACAUUUACAAAUACAAUUAAGGAUAAGGUGGGUGAGACUUCAACAUUAAGGAAUGAAGAAGGUCUUGAAGUAGAUGACGGAGACAUGGAGAGAAACACGACCACAAAUGGAGAAGAUGAAGGAGAAAAAACUAGUGAAGAUGAUGUGAAUUUAUUGAAAACGGUAUCGGAGGAGCAAUUACUGAAAACUUGGAUAGAAACAGUUGGUGGAACUAAAAAAGGAAAAAUAUAUGGGCUUGGUUCUAGAAAUUGUUUGCUGGCAGAUUCAAACAAUUCUAAUUGUGCAUCCUCUACUGCUCAGAAUCCUUCAAAUAUUCCUACUCAACAAAUAUUUGAAACACCUGAAUUUCAACAACUUCUUGACCGCGUGUUGGAGCAACGGAUGACGAAUAUGCAAGAGCAUGUGCAAAUGGAUAUUCGGGAAAAUAUGGAAGCUCAAGUGACUAUUGCGGUUCGUGCUGCUGUGGCUCGGAUGCUUGGUUUUACUCCUCAACCACCACCAGAUGGAUCUGGUUCUACCCCAAAUGUACCUUAAGAUAAUUUAUGUUACUGUUUUUAUGUUUUAAGACAUGUUUUAGCUAGUAACCAUGUACUUCACUAUUCAAGGAUUUGAUGAUAU